AUGAUCUUUGGUUCAUCAUCAUCAAUUUUUGCAGCACAGCCUUUGCCUUAUCCACUUCCGAAAUUUAAUAUUCAACCACAAACACUCUCCGUUUCAGGCUUAUCAUCGGGAGCUUACAUGGCUGUUCAGUUUUCAGUGGCUUAUAGUGCCUCGAAUCGUGGAGUGGGUGUUUUUUCAGGAGGUCCCUUUCUGUGUGCUCGUGGAGAUUUUGCAACGGCCAAUGCUGCUUGUAUGAAGGUCGCAAGUAUGAUUGAUUUGAACACCUUGCAAAAAGAUAUUCUCUCUCUACAAACAAAGGGAUUGAUUGAUCCAAUUUCGAAUAUUGCUCAGCAACAUCGAGUGUAUUUAUUUAGUGGAACAAAGGAUUAUAUUGUAUUUCCUGAGGUGAUGAAAAAGUUGAAAGAUCAAUAUGUGAAACAAUUUGGAUUGGAAGAGAAGAAGGUGGUGAGCGACUUUGAUGUUCCAGCUUCACAUGCCAUGAUUACAAAUAAUUAUGGAGCAAAGUGUGAUGCAUUUGGUUCCCCAUUUAUUAAUAAUUGCAACAUGGAUGGAGCUUCAAAAACUCUUGAAACAAUUCUGGGCUCACAAAAUUAUACCUCCACCGUUGUCACACCUGAUAUCAAUAACAAUUUCCAUUUGUUUUCUCAAAGCAAUGCCUAUUCAGCCACUUCAUUUGAUGACUAUGGUUACAUUUAUAUUCCAAACGGUUGCAAGAGUGGUGCUGCUUGUCGAGUUCAUGUCGUCUUCCAUGGUUGUCUUCAAGGAAGAGCUUUUGUGAAUGACGUCUAUGCUCAACAUGCUGGCUAUCUUGAACAUGCUGAGGCCAAUAACAUUAUUUUUGUGUUCCCUCAAGUCAAAGGAUCAUCUGGCAACAGUAAUGGAUGUUGGGAUUGGUUUGGUUAUACAAACACUCAACUGUAUGCCACCAAACAAGGAGAGCAAAUGAAUGCAGUGAGAAACAUGCUUGCUAAUCUAGGUGUGGACAUUUAA